AAAAUCAGCGGCUUGCUCCAGCAUGUUAUAUAUGUGCAUUAUACGCCUGUCCGUGCGGGACGAGCUGAUGUCAGUGUGUUCUGUUACAGGAAGAGGUGCUCUCCAUGUGUAUGGGGGGAGGAUGACAGCCGGGGGAUUUAAAGAGAUCUUAAUGACCAGGUCCGGAGAUCUCUGAUCAGGGCAGCCUUGUGCGGUUCUAAACGAGCAUAGAUAAUAUUUCCCCUUCCUUUAUCUGGUGUGCAAACAGGAUCCACAAGAUGACGGCCACCAGUACGCAAACGAAUCAUGCGGGCGAAACGCGUGGGACCACACGAUGCAGAAAUCCAUUCUAUAACAUCAAGGUGUUUGUAGUCUGCCACGGACUUCUCCAGCUUUCGCAGCUCCUCCUGUCUGGUUAUCUUAAAAGCUCCAUCUCAACAAUCGAGAAGCGUUUUGGACUUUCCAGCCAGACCUCUGGGAUCCUCGCUUCUUUUAAUGAGAUCGGGAACACGGUGCUCAUCGUGUUUGUCAGUUAUUUCGGAAGUCGUGUCCACAGGCCGCGCUUCAUCGGCGUCGGCGCUCUGAUUGUCAGCGCCGCCGGAUUUCUCAUGUGUCUGCCUCAUUUUAUCAUGGGACCCUACGAGUACGACAAAUCCGUCGCAAAUGUUUACACCAACAACACAGACAUCUGUCAGCCCAACGGAUCGAGCCAAAGCCUUACUAACGAGCAGUGCAUGGUGAACGCCGGGCAGGAAGACUGGAAUGUUCUCUCCAUACUGUUCCUGGGGCAGAUUCUGCUGGGGAUAGGGGGUGUCCCGAUCCAACCGUUCGGCAUUUCGUACAUCGAUGACUAUGCCAGCAAGAGAAACUCUCCGCUCUAUAUAGGGAUCUUGUUUGCCGUAACCGUGAUGGGACCUGGCGUGGCUUUCAUUCUCGGAUCUGCGAUGUUGCGAUAUUAUGUUGACAUUGACAAGGUUCCUGCAGAUGAAAUCCUUCUGACUCCUAAAGAUCCUCGAUGGAUAGGCGCUUGGUGGCUUGGUUUUAUAGUAGCGGCUAGUGUCGUGGCUAUAGCAUCCGUACCAUAUUUCUUCUUCCCUAAAGAGAUGCCUAAAGAGGUCUCUAAUGAGGUUACACCAGAAGCCAAGCCCAGCCUGAUUGAUGACUCGAAGGAGUCCCUGACGUUGUCACAGUUUAUUAAAGUGUUUCCAAAAGUUCUUCUCAGGACGCUGAAGAACCCCGUCUACAUUCUUGUGGUUUUGGCUCAGGCGAAUCUGUCCGCUAUGAUAUGCGGACUGGCGACAUUCAUGGCUAAAUUCCUAGAGAGACAAUUCUCCAUAACUGCCUCCUUGGCCAAUUUGCUCAUCGGUUCCAUUAACAUUCCCGGAGCGAUGGCCGGGAUCGUGUUGGGUGGGAUCGUCAUGAAGAGGUUUCACCUGAGCGCGCGGCAGUGCGGAGCGAUGUGCGUUGUCGGCCUGGCGUUGUGCAUUACCAUCGCCUUCCCUUUGAUUUUCUUGGGAUGUUCGACUCAAAAAUUUGCAAGUCCACACAAUGCCCAUCAUGCGAGUCCUGGGAUAUGGCAGAACGUCACUGAAUGCAGCAGCCGAUGUAGCUGUUCAGACAACGCCUUCAACCCAAUUUGCGGGGCGGAUGGAAUCGAAUACAUAUCGCCGUGCUACGCUGGCUGCGAACAGGUGCAUUUCGAUUACAAAGAGAAUAAAGUUCUGAAUUACACAAAGUGCAGCUGUGUGUCGUCGCCCGGAGGGGAUGGUACCGCCGCUCCGGGGUCGUGCGGGACCGCGUGUUACCAUCUAUUCCUGCCGUUCAUGGUACUUUCAUGUCUUGCUGGGGCUCUCGCCAGCACCUCGCAGACACCGUCCUUCAUGCUAAUACUCAGGAGCGUAAAUCCAACAGAAAAGUCCCUGGCAAUUGGAAUUCAGUUUAUGCUUCUCAGAAUACUUGCGUGGCUGCCGGGCCCAGUGAUGUUCGGGAGUAUGAUCGAUAGCACGUGUGUUCUCUGGGGUAAGAAGUGCGGGAGGAAGGCCGCCUGUCUAUAUUACGACAAUAAUCUUCUACGACAGAGGUAUAUGGGGCUGCAGGUCCUCUUUGAGAUCGGAGCCCUGAUAUUUUUUAUUGCCGUUUAUUGCGUGCUACGUCACAAGGACAAUAAGCAGCCGGAGAAACGAGAGGCAGAAGGCCCAGAAGAACACAAGCUGGUGGAAAAACUAUAACAAGAGAAGCGUGAUGCCGGAAUGCUGGGACUUCAGACGGGGAGAUGCAAUAUUACAUGUUACGGUCACGGGGCGAUAACACGUGAUGGGCUUUCACGGCACGUAUCGAUGGAGGCUGAUGGAAGAGACUACUUUUUUUUUGAUACGUUAAGGAGUUGUGGUGUCUGGGACCAAAAGUGACCGAUUUACCGAUCUAAAAUUCACCAGCUGCGAGAAAGCUUAGGCCGUAACUCUUGAACGUUAUAGAAUACAGACAUAACUUAGUUAAACAUGCCCACAUUAAACCAGGGGUUACUUUUUAACCCGAAACAUAUCCGCUCACUUCAUACUGGCCCAGUUGACCACCGAUGUCCAAGAAGCACCCAGUGACGCCCUUGGCCGCCUGUCCCCAAAAAAGAUCCUCCUAUAAUAUUACUGAAAAUCCCAAUUCUGUCAUUUCAAUGGGUUUAACGAAAGGAUCAAACGUUUUGUUCGUGAAUUGUGUCAUGUGAGCAUCACGUUAGAGGCCGAACAUAUCCUUUGAGCUGCUACCUUGAUAACAUGUUUUUUCCAGGAUAAAA